CUACAACCAACAGAUGAAGCCCCCGGUAACUCCUCUGGCUUGAGACUUUUCUCGCAAUGAAAUCUCUCAUUUUUUCCACUGCCUAAACUUGUGAGAAAACUAACACAUACCUCAUUACUGAAAAUGGCGACUCUAGAAGAGGCAGAGAGAAUUGUGAAGGAGGUGACGGGAUAUUAUGGGUAUCUGGACCAUGAUAUGAUGGACGAUAUUGGCCGUUUCAACUCCGACUAUCGUCGAAGAAUUGAUGAAAACUGGCUCAAGAUGGAAAACGCCGCAUCGCAUUCCAUCAAAGUUUUAGCAAAAAACAUAUACGGGAGCGGUGCUAGAUUCGUGUUCGAGCUUCUUCAAAACGCGGAGGACAACAGCUUUCGAAAAGCCGAUGACAAGAAUGAGCCCCCGUUUAUCUCCUUUCAGAUUCACCCAAAACAUAUCGUGGUUGAAUGCAACGAAGACGGCUUCACUAGUUUAGAUCUAAAGGCGAUAUGCUCCGUCGGAGAAAGCACCAAGACUGCGAAACAUGGAUAUGUGGGUGCCAAAGGCAUCGGCUUCAAAUCUGUUUUUAUCGCUGCAUCCCGCGUGCACAUCCAGUCCGGAAACUUCUCGUUCGAGUUCCGACAUAAUAGGAACGACCCGGGUCUCGGAAUGGUAAGACCCAUCUGGGUGAGGCCGACUGAGACGUUUCCUAGUCCCCUCACUCGCACAACACUUUAUUUACACGACCAAGGCGACGAGGACGAGAUAGAACAUCUUAAAACGGUCAUUGCCAUGCAGUUUGACGACCUCCAGGAGACCUGUCUCCUUUUCCUACGAAAACUGAGUAAGAUCAGCGUCGCGUUCUAUGACGAAGAAGGAAAUCUGCAACGGUCGAAGCAGUUUACGAAGAAGAAGGUCGACGACUAUCGUGUCUCUUUAGAAACUACGGUAGUUUCAGGUAACGAAUCUGCUACAACAAGCCAAAUGUAUCACAUUACGAAGCAGUUAGCUACGGGCCUGGCGCAGAGUGAGAGUCGUGACGCUGCUACUACUGAAGAAGCACGGAAAAGUCUCACCUCCGCGGAAGUUGUCUUGGCUUUUCCUCUGCAAAGUGACUAUCAGCCUCACAUAUCUACAAGGAGACAAGAACUCUUUGCUUUUCUGCCCCUCAGGACUUCAGACUACAAGUUUCACAUCCAGUCGGACUUUGAUACGAAUGCCAACCGGCAGGAUAUUGUGAAUACAAGGAGAAAUUUGAACAUUCGCGAUUGGAUUGCCAAGACAUUUCUGCAGGCAAUCUUGGAAUUCAGCCAACAUCCAGUCCUUUGCUACAACUGGCCACUGUUUCUCCCAUCUCAGGACAGUGGACAUGACUCGUUCUGGUCCGGAUUAGAUGCCAAGAUUCUAUCUCUCGUUCAGAAUAAUCCUAUCCUUAGAUCGAGAAACAGGAGUGACUUGCGUCUCAUUCGCGAAGUCGUGGUAGCCUCGAAUGGCAUGAAACACGACGGAGGCAAAGUCUUGCUCGACGAUCCCGUCAAGGACCCCUUUAUCUCGGCCAAGUACCCGCACAAGGUGACUGGGCAUUUGAAACCCUAUGGGCUGCGGGUAGCAUCCACGUCUCUGUUUGUUAUUCUACUGAAAAGAGACCUCAGCCAGCAUGACUCCAAAAUGCGCGCCGACACAACUGCCGAUGACUGGCAUUCCUCAGUAGCCCAGAUGUGUUCCAAGAUAGUUGACAACAGCUGGAAUGGAAACAAAUUGCUCCAGUCGCUUGAAGUUCUGCCGUUGAGAGGCGGCAAAUGGGCCUCAUGUACGUCAGGACCAGUCUAUUUUCCGAUGACAGGGGAUAUCGAAAUACCUGAGGGCUUAGGCCUCAAAGUGCUCAGUAAAUCUGCGACUACCAACCCAGACCGGAGCAAUUUGUUUCGGCAUCUUGGAGCAACAGAGGCCACAUAUGAAGGAGUUCGAUCAGCGAUCUUUUCUUCUUUCAUUGAACUGCCAAAUAUGAAUUUUCAUUUCACUCUUGAUUGUCUCCGCUACUUGUUUUUGACACACUCAAGCCUUAAACAUACGCGGGAAAGCUACAAGAGCAUAUGGCUUUUCACUGAGGAAUUCGAAUUAUAUCGAACUCACGGCCAGGUUAUUUAUCUGCCUGGGGAUGAGCACCCCUUCAGUCCCGCUAGCCUCUUGAAAAAUGCCCAUGAGCCGCCAGACUUUCCUGUCCACUUUCUAUAUCCCGGAUAUUUAUCUAUCGCAUUAGAAGAUCAGAAGAACUCCUUGUCUUCUUACAAACGAUGGCUCUGCGAUUUUAUCGGUAUACAUGAGAGACUUACGAUCUUGUCACCCAACGAAAAUGAAUUGUCGCAGCCUUUUCAGUACGUCCUCACUCAUCACCCAGCCAAUUUCCUCGGCCUCUUUGAACAUCUCUGGCUGUUGGAAGGAAAGGAAGUAUUGAAACACCCGACUAUUGUGUCUCGGAUAAAACAAAUCCCCGCAAAGGAGCUUUGCAAAGUUAAAUCCUCACCAAACCUUAAAAACACAUGGCUUCCUCUACCGGAGCUUAAGGAUUCCGUUCACCGGUACAUGGAGCAUCCAGAGCAGUUUCCUUUCCUCGUUAUUGAAGAUGAUGGCGACGCUGAACAAAUUGGCUCCAAGUGGAAUUUCUUAAGCAAGCACUUUAGUGUUGGGAAGUCUGACGACCUGGACUUUCUUCUCGAGAUACUCCAUUGCAUCCAGAGGUCUUGCACAGAGCCUUUGUCUAUUCGUCAAUCACACAGGGUGUUCGAGUUAUACAUAGCCAUCUACGCUAAACUUUCUGUCUCGCUGAUACCGAGUAUAACGCGAACAAGGAUCAAAAAGUCCUUUGACUCAUGUGAUGGAAAUUUCAUCCUCGCCCCAUAUACCGAAGACGAGUCAACAUGGACAGAGCCUGCCAACUGUGUCUGGGAUGGGCCAUCUGACCUGGAAUCCGUGCAUUCCCUAAAGUCCGCAUAUAAGAGAAGAGGGUUGAGUGAUGAGGACAUCAGCAAUAUUGAAAAUCUUUUUCUUGGAACGCUAGGCAUACAAAACAUAUCGGCGCAUGGUAUUGUGUCGGAACUUGAGUGCCGUUGGGGGACUUGUGAAGAUAAGGAGGAUGAUGGCCAGAUUUUGAGCCUGUACACAUAUUUGCAUGAGCAAAUCACAGUCACACCUGGAGUAAGAGCUGCAUUUGAACAAUCUCCACUCAUCUUUUUGAGGCAGCAAAGUGGACCAGACUGGUACAAGACCUCUGACUGUUUGUGGUCUAGCACAACACCAAUCCGCGGUAAGGUGACGCUUGACGAGACUUAUGAAGACCUCAAGGCACUUUUCGUCGGAAAGCUUGGUGUUAAAUCGCUCACAAUGCAGAUGGUCUAUGAUGAGUUGCGUCAGUCUCCUGAGAGCAGCAUAGAAGACAUAAAGGUUGCUUUAUUCUCUUUUAAUGACUUCCUCCAAAGCGAGGACGGUAAUUGGGACCCAGAGCCUAUCAAAACAGCAAAGAUAUUUCCUGUCGUCUAUCCUGAUGGGACUACCGUGUUGCGGUCCAUGGGUGUGGAAUUCGCAAUAGCAGAUCGGGAUAAUCUACGAUCCAAGUUCUCUGAUAAGAUUGCUCUCCUCGACUUUGACUUGGGGGAUAUCCAUCGAUUAAAACCAUUAUUUAGCUGGCUGAAGAUUCAAGAGCGAUACCUCUCUAAAUGCGUCGUGGAAACAACAGCAAUUUCAGGUGAUUCAAGGGUGCCAAUAUCAUUGCAGAAAAGAGACUUAGGCCUCAAAGCUUAUCAAAUAUGCCGAGUUGCAGCCACAUUCAGGAGUCCCCGCUUUCAACAUGACGAAACCCAUCUUUACGACCAGCUGCGUGCUAUGAAAGUCUUGGAGGUUGAAGGAAUCUCCUCUGUUCUGAAAUUGAGUCAAAACGGCGGACGAUACGAAGCCAGACUCUCGACAGCCAGUGAGCAUAUCGACGAGCCAGCUGGAAAUCUUACUAUAUACGUCCCACGAGAUCGAAGAGCGCAGGAAGUGUGUUUCGGAUCAGUCCUUCCCAGGAAGUUUGCAGCAUGGCUCAUGCGUAACCCACAUACUAAUAUUGAUGGCAAUGUGGAGGUUGAUAUUAUCAACGCCCUGACUUCGAUUUUUGCCAGCGACCGUGCCGUUCUUGAUGAGAUUCUUGACGAUCAGGGCAUGAUACAGUUGCAGUUUGAAGAUCCGGAUGAGGAUUUGAAUGAAGAAGAGAUAGGCGGUGAACAGGUCGAAGAUAACCAUGCAUCUGAUUCGACCCCAGAACCUGGUUAUGAGGUUUCUGACCCGGUUCUCACUCCGACUCAUCCAUCACUGAACGAUGCCUCAAUUCUACCAUUGGCGGUGCGAGAUUUUGAAAUCGAAGAUGGGGCUUUGGAAACCGAGAGAGAGAUAGUUGAGAUUCAAAGCAGCACAUCCCGUCAAGUUCGCCGAGGCGAUGGAAGUACCUCGCGGCCCCUACUUCAUCAUUCACCACAGGGCAGACCUUUCAGCCCAGAGCAGUUGAAUAUCCACCGCCCAAUUCCUUCACAUUCAACCUCCCAAGCGACCGAGGACCAGCGAUAUCGAACGAUUCUCGAAAGAGUCAUCGCGGCGGCUCGAUUUGCGAACUUUCCAUCUGGUGGGGCAUUUGACUUGAAUGACCUGCGAGAUGCCUUACCUGAUUCUGGAGAAACAAACUCAUACUUGAGUUAUGAUGGGUUGGAUGUGUUGAGUAGGUUUCAAUCGACUAGCCAACAAGAACGCGAUAAAAAGAUCGGAGCUGCUGGAGAACUCUACGUAUUUGAGCUGUUAUCGAAGCUUGAGCUACCAGGCUGGGGCCGUGGUAACUGGCAAAGCACUAUAAGAACAUAUGCAAACAUUCAUCCGGAGUACGCUGAUCUGUCUCACUGGCCUAAUCGUGAGACAGCAGACCUUGUCUACUCAGAUACCCAAGGAGAUUUGACACGUAUUUUGGUCGACGCCGAAAUUCUUAGUGACGAUUGGUCCUCAAGACGUCCCAAGUACUACAUCGAGGUGAAGACAACUACUGGGCCAUGUGGAACACCAUUCUAUAUGAGUGGAAACCAAUACCGACUGAUGGAACGUAUUCACCAUAGUUCAGACUUCUCAGAAUUCUAUAUCAUAUUCCGUGUUUACUUCUUGCUAGAUAGGUCGCAGAUUAGUUACUGUUUAUACCCUGAUCCAAAGCGACUUCAAGAUGAUGGACAGCUCAUUUUUACAGGAACGACAUGGUCAGUCACCCCUGGGCCACAAACAUAAUGGUUCUAUAGCAAUCUAUAAUAUCAGAUAGGAAAAUGACGAAAUACAAC